CUUUUCGCUCCUGUUUCCUUCCGCUGCAUAAGGAAGUUAGGUUCACGUGGAGAAGAAGCGCUUGGGGCCAUGGCGGCUACGGGUGAGGCGUUUUCCGGGCUGGCGGCAGGAUUGGGCCGAAGAAAAGCUUAUGGCAAGGAGGAGUUUAGUCUGGGUUUCUAUUCCAGAUAGGUUUGCAGCUUGAUCCUUACUUAAAAGUAAGUCUUGCUGUAUUCCAUGGAGCUUACUUCCAGGAUAAUCCUCGUAACAGCUGCUAAAGACGACAAAGACAAAAUGUAGACAAUGAAAUAUAUUGCACUUAUCAAGUAAAAUGGAUCCAUGUUCAGUUGGAAAUCAGCUGCAAGCUAGCAGUGAUUGCCAUAAAACAUUCUUUACCUGUCACACUGGCUUCAAGACUAAGCAAGAAUUGUCAUCAACUGAUCUGAUACUCCUUCAGCUUAGGACUGGGAUAACUCUUUCAGAGAACCAUACAAUCUGCUUUCAUCAUGCUAAACUUUACCUUGAUAGAUAUGAAGACUUGCAAAAGUCAUGUUGUGAUCCUUUUAAUAUGCACAAAAAAAUUUCAAGGAAAAACUUGCAUGCAAUUGACAUAGAUGAUGCAACUAUUCUAAGUGCCAAGUUUGGACGGCAAUUUGUACCUGGCUGGAAGCUUUGUCCAAAAUGUUCACAGAUUAUAUAUGGAAAUGCAGAGGUUGCAUCUGAAGACCGUCAGCGAAGGAGACUUGAUUCAGACGGGCGUACAGCUAAGGCCUUGAAGUCCUUACAGUUUGCUAAUCCAGGACGGCAUACUGAAUUUGCUCCAGAAGCAAACAAAAGAGAGAAAAGAAGGCUGCAAACAAAAAGCACAUCCAUUAAUUCAGACAGGCAAGUAAUACCAGCAAAGAGCAAAGUAUAUGAUAGCCAAGGACUCUUGCUUUAUAGUGGGAUUGACCUUUGUGACUGUCUUGAUGAAGAUUGCCUGGGAUGUUUCUAUGCUUGUCCCAAAUGUGACUCCACUAAGUGUGGACCUGAGUGCCGCUGUGAUCGCAAGUGGUUAUAUGAACAAAUUGAGAUAGAAGGAGGAGAAAUUAUUCGCAAUAAGCAUGUGGGAUAGCCUGCAUGUAUUCAAGCCUGAAUUGUGUGAGAUUACAUUAUAAAGGUUUUCAUAUAUGCAGUACAUAUAACUUGUUCAGAUUUCCAGUUAAUGUUCAGUAUGGUAUAUGAAAGCUGCCGCUCAGUCUUUCACCUUAUCAUUCCUACCAAAAAAGUUAGAAGGUUCUUGAUCUGUGAGUUGGUUAAUGUACAGGUGGAUUAACAAGACCCAGUAUUAGCCAUUUUGAAAUCUGUCCUUCGUAGAGAGGAUACUUUCCCCAUCUUUCUUUUCAUAUAGCAUUCAGAAUGGCCACUUUCAAAUAUGAGACAGCUGUUAGUAAUUUUGGCAGCCAUGAGCAGUAUUAGUACUCAGACAGAUUGACAAUAUGAAACAGAUGUUGCAUAACAGAUAGAAAAGAUGAAUAACAAACUGGGGCUUUUGAGAAGAUGGCUCAUCCUCAUUCUUUCAAUAAUAUUAUUAAGAAAUGCCUAUUGGCCUAUUUUUCGGAUCAAAACUGUGUGUGCAUGCGUGCUGAAUGGAAAUGAAUUCUGUCCUGUGCUUUCAACAGUAUUUCACUAUUUGUAAUACAAGAAAAAACACUUUAACCAAAAACGUAAUCUCAGGCAGCAUUUGUUACAAAUACAUUGUUUGAUAACUUUUAUAGUUCUUUAAGCAGGCUGAGACAAUUUUAGCCUGAAAUGUAAGUCCCCUUAAGCUCUUAAGAAAUAUCGAAGUUAUUUACUAGAAUGUAAAUAAACACAAUUGUGGUGACAAGGGUCUUGUAUUAGAAAUUGUUCGUGUUCAUAGAUAAUCUUCACAAGCAUAUGUAGUUUCUUUCCAGUAGCAAUUCAGGCUUCAUCUUCUUGUCUGACAGGGCAAUUUGUCACAUGCCUGAUGUAAAAGAAUCUAAGAACAGGCCAUUUUUAAUGGUAUUAAUGCCUUGGUGAAGGAUCAUAUCUGUGUAUGCGUUGAUUUGUUUGAAAUUGUGGCUACAUCAUAGUACAUGUAAGAACGAUAUAAGAUUACUCUAUGCCUGGGGUUUGAUUUGACUUCAUUCCAUGGGAAGGAAUAAGAGUGUUGUUUGGGCAGGGGGGUUCUCUAAACAGCUGUGAUGACCUAGGAAAGCAAACCACCAUAAUGGAAAGCAACCUGCAUUGAAACUGGUGAGUGUUCUGUUACUGGGGUCAAGAGAAAGUAAUUUGCAUGUACAUGAGUUCUCAGAAUCCUGGCAAGUGCAAUAAGCCCCUCAAAGCACUGUUGCAUUCAUAGUUAUUAAUGUAUUAUAGAAGCUAUUUUUGUCAAAAAUGCGACAAAUCAUUUGAAUUUUCACGAAGGACAAGUGCAGCAAAUUACAAAAGCUUCUUCAUUAUGUCUUUCUGAUUAUUUUUUUAUAAUUCUCCAGAGAAUAAAGAUCUUAUGGUUUGUGUAACAGGUAAAA